AUGGUGCAGAUCGUCUAUACACCCGCUGGGGGUGACGAGAACAUAACGAGUUCUCUGCGCCAGGAGCUUGACGUGCAGUCCGCGAAAUCUUCUUCAAAUACAGCGGAAGGUGCUUCAGCGCAGGCUGAACCAGGUUUUGGAGCCUCUUUCUACGAGAAAGUGGGCAAGCCGGGCAUUGCGAAACAAGUCUUCUUUGCGACUGUAGCAUCAACCUUUGCAUUAGUUUUUGCGUCUGUUCAAACCAGUAUCGAAACGGACGAAUGGAUAGAGAGAAUGGUAGCCGUGGCUCCCAUAUGGUCUGUCAAAGCCAUCUCCAAUACGGACUUGAAGCGGGCACAAAAUGCUGAAUUGAUUCAAAGACUACGGGAGAAACUAGCAAACAUCCAAACCACCGUGCAACAACUGCCUGUUCUCAUUCGACCGUGGAUAAAUCUGAUUGUCGUUGGAGUCAUGCAACCCUACGCAGAUGCGUCAGAGGGCAAACGACUAUGCUGGAAAAUCUGUUUGCUAAACGUUGGUGUCUGGGCCCUUUGGAAAGUGCGGAGCUUGAGAGGGUUCAUGACCGUGCGCUUCAUGCACAACCCACUAUCUGGACUGUCGUACACACUUUUGACGAGUGCUUUCAGUCAUAGAACGGCUAUCCAUCUUCUCUGCAAUUGUCUGGCCCUCGAAAGCUUUGGAUCGGCUGCUUACUACUACUUGCUGCGUGAGCAGAAUAAAGCAGAGCCAGAAUUGCUCGAAUCCACAGCUUCAUACCACUUCCUUGCAUUCUUCACCUCAGGCAACGCCAAAUUCCGGUACCCACGCCUCGUCGCCGAGCUCUCCUCAACCGCAUCCGCCACGCGCAAGACCGAGACCUGGGCCAGCGCCGUCGCCGCAACGAACGCCGCCGCCGCCUCAGCAGCCAAGAGCACCGCGGCGCGCAAAACCCUCGACAUCCUGCCUUCUCUCGGCGCAUCUGGCGCGGUCUACGCCGCUGUAACGAUGACCGCGCUCGCGUUCCCCGACUCGCAGAUCGCGCUGUUCAUCCCGCCCUCGUAUCCGAUCAACAUUCAGUAUGGCGUUGGAGGCUUGAUGCUGUUGGACGUUAUUGGCAUUGCGCGAGGGUGGAGGCUCUUCGACCACUGGGCACAUCUGGGUGGAGCAGCCUUUGGUGUAAUAUAUUACAACUACGGGCCCACAGUUUGGCGAUACCUACGACAAAUGAACCUAGAGGCCAAAAUCGAAGAGCAGAACGCUCGGAAACAGAGUUGA